AUGACUGAUGUCUUGAGCUACCCCUGGUUCGUAACUCAGGGAGGCGAUCUUGGCGCUUUCAUCACUCGCUGGAUGGCAAUUCAGCACCCCAGUGUUAUACGAGCGCAACAUUUCAAUACGUUCCCGGCGCCCACCCCAGCUUUCGGUGCCGCGCCCUUUGCUUAUCUUCGCCUGCGUAUGUCCGGCGUACUCUACUCAAAAUACGAAAAGAGACUUUUGAAGACUCGCAGUGUCUUUCACAGAGACCAGAGCGCAUACAUCGACAUGCAGGAAACACGGCCUCAGACUUUGGGCUUUGCACUAGGCGACUCCCCCAUCGGUCUGCUGGCGUGGUUCGUGGAGAAGCUUCAAUCUUGGGUCGAUGUACCCGAAGCGUUGAGCAACGACGACAUCAUCAACUUGGUCAUGAUGCACUGGAUUCAAGGGGCAACCCCAGGUUUGCGGUUCUUCAGAGAGGCGUUUGGAGAUAGGCGGGAAGCUGACAAAGCCUUUGACGGGCAUCUCAGUUCUCACGGGCGUGAGCCUCUUUCCCGGAGAGAUCCUGCCAUGUCCAAAGGACUGGGCCAAGCAACUUGCAAACAUCAUCUUUUGGCGCCAGCAUGA